AUAGAGUUUUUCCAGACUGAAGCUGACGACCUGGGGAAGAAAACACAAAAUGUCUCCUGAAUCAAAAAAACUUUUCAACAUAAUUGUUUUGGGAAUCUCGUUUAUGUUUAUAUUCACUGCUUUCCAGACCUGUGGAAAUAUUGCGCAAACCGUUAUCACAAAUUUAAACAACACGGAUUUUCAUGGCAGUGGCUACACAAGCAUGUCCAUCAUUUAUGGAGUGUUCUCUGCAUCAAACCUUGUGUCACCUUCAGUGGUUGCCAUAGUAGGACCUCAACUCUCUAUGGUUGUUAGUGGCAUAUUUUAUAGCCUGUACAUUGCAGUUUUUAUCCAACCUGCCACAUGGGCUUUCUACACUGCUUCUGUUUUUAUUGGCAUUGCAGCUGCUGUGCUCUGGACAGCCCAGGGAAACUGCUUGACUGUAAAUUCUAAUGAAAACACCAUUGGAAGGAACAGUGGAGUAUUCUGGGCACUCUUGCAGUCCAGCUUGUUUUUUGGAAACCUCUACAUAUACUUUGCUUGGCAAGGAAAAACUCACAUAUCGGAGAGCGAUCGCAGAACCGUCUUCAUUGCUCUGACCGUCAUCAGUCUUGUGGGCACAGUUCUAUUCUUUCUGAUUAGGAGACAAGAGGACACAAAAACUCCAGGGGAGGAAGAUUCUGCUAAUGAAAUCCUGGGGGACAGUUCGUCUGCACAAAACAAACUGACGAGAGCAGUGGCUGCCUUCAAGAAAUCUAUAAAGCUGGGCUUCACCAAGGAGAUUCUACUUCUCAGUGUGACGACAGCCUACACAGGUUUGGAAUUAACGUUCUUUUCUGGAGUGUAUGGAACGUGCAUUGGUGCUGUGAACCGGUUUGGCAGUGAAGAAAAAAGCCUUAUUGGUCUCUCUGGUAUUUUUAUUGGUGUUGGAGAAAUUUUAGGUGGAGGAAUCUUUGGCUUGCUGAGCAAGAACAACCGCUUUGGCAGGAACCCUGUCGUGAUGCUGGGCAUCGUUGUCCAUUUCAUAGCCUUUUAUUUAAUUUUUUUCAAUAUGCCAAAUAAUGCCCCUAUUGCUUCUAUGGAGGGAACCAAUGAUGUUGCUUAUAUGAUUCCGAGCAAAGAGGUGGCCGUACUCUGCAGCUUUCUGCUGGGCCUGGGGGACAGCUGCUUCAACACCCAGCUCCUCAGCAUUUUAGGAUUCCUGUAUUCAGAAGACAGUGCUCCUGCCUUUGCCAUCUUCAAGUUUGUUCAGUCCAUCUGUGCUGCGGUUGCGUAUUUCUACAGCAACUACUUCCUUCUGCAGUGGCAGCUCCUGAUCAUGGUGAUCGUGGGCUUCUUCGGGACAAUCACCUUCUUUGCCGUGGAGUGGGAAGCGGCGGCAGCCCUGGCUGCCCGGGGCUCGGACUACAGCAGCAUCUGA